AAUUACAUAGCUGUAGCGCUUCUUGAAACCAACCCAACAUCUGCAGCAUCGAAAGAUGUCUCGAAACCGAUAGCUUCGCGAAUAAGUGACGACGAGGUCGGGUCAUCGUUUGAACAAGUCCGGUCUGACAAGGGUUCUGCGCCGUCAUCAACACAAGGAAGUACUUCGAAACGGAAUGUACCACUUAACCAGCCAACCAGUAUUAGCUGUGAAGAAACUAAUGAUGAGGAACUAAUGUUGCGGCAUUUGCCUUGGACGAAAGUUAUAAUAACCUUAUUGAACUCUAUGAAUUUAAAUUGUAAUCAUGAGCACUAUUGUCAUCCAAGAUGUUUCGAAAGAGUAUAUCGUCAGUGCUGUCGUUUAACUGAAGCAUUACGGAAAGUUUAUGGCGAGGAUUUGUCGAUGGAAGGACGAAUUGAUAAGCGAAAAGUCAUAAUUGAUGCAUGGAAUAGCUGGCAAGAAGAUAAACGGCGAGCAAAAAGUGCUGCUGUACGGCAAGCUGCAACAUUGGACAAAACAUCAAUGGCACUUAGGAGUCUUUUAAUGGAGAAAUUGGCCGAGAUUGAAGAAAACAAAGAAUGGAGAUCUAAAGUUCAUCAAGUAAGCGAAAUUUUGCAGUAA